AUGAGUCGCAUACAGGGUAUUCACAUAAUCGAGCAGGACGACUCGCAAAUCGGGCUUCUCAAUGACUCCCAUCAAACCAUAAGUGAAAACCAGGCUAUGGAGCACCGACUAGCCAAAUGGCGCAUCACUCCUCGUCAAUCUGCCGUGAUGGGUCUUCCUUUAGCGUCUAUUGCACCUCCUGCAACACUAUCUGUCGGACUUAGUAAUAGUACACUAACAACACAAGUCUCAAUGCCAAACUUUAACUGGACUGCCAGGUGGUUGCUUGAACGAAAAACUCAUACCACUGUUUGGAAUGAUUCACAACCUACGUCCAUUGUACACUUGUAUACAAAGCGCGCUGCGUACAGAGGUACCAUACUGGCUUCCUCCGCCCCGCCACCAAACCCAACUUUUCAGUAUAGCUUUCAUGGUCCAUCGAUAUCAUGUCGCCACAGCACAGAGAAUGAAGCACCGGAAAUUGCAUUUAUUGCUCAGGAAUUAUAUAAGAAUCAGGAUCUCACUGUUGAGGAACCUAAAUGUACUUCGCUUGAUCCUGCCACCGAGGAUAGGCUUUUGAUCUAUGCUGCCUUUCCGCUGACUCUCGACAAACAUAUGUUGGGUGAUAAGCGUUGA